AUGUUCAACAUAAUUUAUCUAUCUAUCUAUCUAUCUAUCUAUCUAUCUAUCUAUCUAUCUCUUCAGUCUGUUCAGAUCGAUCUAUCUAUCUAUCUAUCUAUCUAUCUAUCUAUCUAUCUAUUAAUCUGUUCAUAUCUAUCUAUCUGUCUAUCUAUCUAUCUUUCUAUUCAGUCUAUUAAUAUCUAUCUAUCUAUCUAUCUAUCUAUCUAUUCAGUCUGUUCACAUCUAUCUAUCUAUCUAUUCAGUCUGUUCACAUCUAUCUAUCUAUCUAUCUAUCUAUCUAUCUAUCUAUCUAUCUAUCUAUCUAUUCAUAUAUGCUCUUCCUCUUCUUCCUUUUUCUUUUUCUUCUUCUUCUUCUUCAACUUUAUUUUCAUUCGAUUCCAUUUCUUUUUCUGUUUCUUCUUCUUUUCUCCUUAUUCAUUUUUUUACUUUCAUCUUUCCGCUUGUUUCGCUCCUGUUGAUUUUCAUCUUUAUUCCUUCUCCUGCAACUUUAUUCCUUCAUCUUUUUCAACUUUAUUCCUUCUUCUUCAUAAUCUUUAUUUCUUCCUUUCCUUCUUUCCCACCAUCUACGUUUUCUUCUUCAUCAACUCUCUUCUAGAAAUUUUGUUUUUCUUCUUUAUUCCUUCUUCUUCCUCUUCUUCUCCUUCUUCAGUUUCUUUCUUUUUCUUCUUCUACUUCUUCAUCAUCAUCUUAUUCUUUAUCUUCAAGUUCAUUCCUUCAAAUUCGUUUCUUCUACUUCAAGUUUAUUCCUUCUUUUUAACGUUUUUUCCUUCCAUUUUUCAUCAAGUUUAUUCCUUCUUCUUCUUCAAGUUUACUCCUUCUUCUUCAAGUUUACUCCUUCUUCUUCAAGUUUAUUCCUUCUUCUUCAAGUCUAUUUCUUCUUCAAAUUUAUUUAUUCUACUUUUUCUUCAAGUUAUUCCGUCUACAAAUACUACUACUACUUCGUCUUCUUCUUCAAGUUUAUCCCUUCUUUUUCAAGCUUAUUCCUUCUUCUUCUCCUAUUUCUUCACGUUUUUCAUUCUUCUUCAAAUUUAUUUCUUCUUCAAGGUUAUUCCUUCUCUUUUUCAAGUUUAUUCUUUCUUCUUCAAGGUCAUUCCUUCUCUUUUUCAAGUUUAUUCUUUCUUCUUCAAGGUCAUUCCUUCUCUUUUUCAAGUUUAUUCUUUCUUCUUCAAGGUCAUUCCUUCUCUUUUUCAAGUUUAUUCUUUCUUCUUCAAGGUCAUUCCUUCUCUUUUUCAAGUUUAUUGUUUCUUCUUCAUUGUCUUUUCUUCUACUACUACUUCUUUAAGUUUAUCUCUUCUUUUUCAUGUUUAUUCCUUCUUCUUCUACUUCUCCAUGAUAUUAAUUCUCUUUCUCUUUCUUUUUCUUCAAGUUUAUUCCUUCUUCUUCAAGUUCAUUUUUUCUACUACUACUAUACUUAUUCCUUCAUCAUCUUCAUAUUUAUUCCUUCUUUUUAAUAUAGAUCCUUUCUUCUACUUCUUUUACUUCAAGUUUAUUCCUUCUUCUUCUUCUUCUUCUUCAAGUUUAUGGCUUCCUCAAAUUUAUUUCCUCUUUUUCUUCUUCAAAUUAUUCAUUCUUCUUCAACUUUUUCUUCAAGUUUAUCUCUUCUUUUUCAAGGUUAUUCCUUCCUCUUCUCCUACUUCUUCAAAUUUCUUUUCAUUCUUCUUUUCCUUCUUCAUGUUUAUUCCUUCUUUUUAA